AAUCAGAAUCAACGGAAUCAGUUUCCAAUCAUCUGAUCAAUUGUUCAGAUUAAUCAAUUGAAUAGAUAGAAAUUGUCGUUAAACAUUUGCUUCACAAACAAUUAACUAAUUGAGCAAACAUGAGGCUAUUAAUUGUUUUAUCGUUGGUCACACUUUAUAUUGUAGUGGUCACUUCUCAUCAUCAUCAUCAUCAUUGUUGCAAGAAAAAUGUUCAUCAUCAUCAUGCUCAUGAAGGUAAAAAGAUUCAUCAUCAUCAUGGUCAUCACCAUGGACAUCAUCAUGGACAUAAACAUGGUCAUCAUCAUGGUCAUCACCAUAAACAUGGCGGCCAUGGUCAUGGUCAUGAUAGUCAUGGUUGGGGCUGGAAUGGUUGGUCAGGAUGGGGACAUGGUGGUGGUCAUCAUGGUCACGGUGGUUGGGGACACCAAGGAUGGGGUCAUGGUGGUCACGCUCAUGCCGCUUUGUCACAUGGCUGGAACGGAGGUUGGGGCCAUGGACAUGGAGGUUGGGGACAUGGAUGGGGUUGGUGGUAAAAGCAAACUGACCACUAGAAGUGACCAUAAGUUCAACUUUAAUAUUAUAUGUAACAUAUUAAACUCUUUCCCAUUGUAAUAUAUUCAAAAAAGUUAUAAUAAUUUUCUCAAUCUGAACAUAAUUUGUAUUA